AUGACUGUCACCGGAAGCCGCAGCUUCGAGCUUAAGGUCACAUAUACGCCUACGAACCGUAUUAGCAAGGCCAAAAAGGGUAAGCGGGUGCAUGAUUGCCUGUUAUGCACCAAGGUAAGCCUAUUGUCACUGUUUUCCUCUGCUUGUAUCAAGCUCACGUUUCAGGUCUUUACCCGUGCUGAGCACCUUCGGCGCCACAUGAAGACGCAACACGAAAGUAUCAAGCGAUCAACAUCAUUCAACGACACUGCUAGCGACUCAUCUGUAAAUCGUCAGCCUAGUUCCCUGGACAAGCCUCCCCCACAGACCAAGCGUCCUCUCAUGCCUGCCAUGGGUAGCUUCAGCACCCCACGCACCGCUAGCAAGAUGCCUCCAAUGGGAGCUUCUAAAUCACAAGAAUCCCUGAGACUUUGCAGUGUACGAUCUGACUUCAAUCAGAACAUCGUGUCUCCACCAAUAUACUACUCAGUUCCUGUCCGACGAGAGCUCAAGUUUGAUGAGGAAGUUCCCAAGGAAUAUGGCCAAGCCUCGUUGCCGUCCCCUCGAUCGGAAACAACGAUAUCUCUCCCCUCAUCCCGAAAUUGCACCCCUGGAGACAGUCAAUUCUCUGAUAAAAGCAUACUAACGUAUAUAUGA